CUUGUUGUUCCCGCAGAGAGGCGAGAAGAUGGCGGCCGUGUCAAGCGGAGGUGCUGCUGGGUCCGCUGCGGCCGGGAUUACGCACUCUCCCCGACCGACCCACGCAGGCAUGGGCUCCCAGAACCGAGCCCAGCCAUCCUCCGGGAUCAGCCACCCCGGUCGUGCCAGCACGGCCCCUGGGUGCAUCACCAAUCCUGGCCACACUUCGGCCACCAGGCCCCCCCCAGCCCGAGUGGGCCACUACGAAAUCGAGCGGACCAUCGGCAAGGGAAAUUUCGCGGUUGUUAAACUAGCCACACACAUCAUUACCAAAGCAAAGGUGGCUAUAAAAAUAGUGGACAAGACCCAGCUGGAUGAUGAGAACCUGAAAAAGAUCUUCAGAGAGGUGCAAAUCAUGAAGUUGCUGAAGCACCCCCACAUCAUCCGCCUCUACCAGGUGAUGGAGACAGAGAGGAUGAUCUAUUUGGUAACAGAGUACGCUAGCGGUGGAGAGAUAUUCGACCAUUUGGUGGCUCAUGGGCGAAUGGCGGAAAAGGAUGCCAGGAAGAAGUUCAAGCAGAUUGUUGCAGCAGUCCAUUUCUGUCACUGCCGCAACAUCGUCCACAGAGACCUGAAGGCUGAGAAUCUGCUGCUGGACCACAACCUCAACAUCAAAAUCGCAGAUUUUGGCUUCAGUAACCUGUUUUCUCGAGGCCAGCUAUUGAAGACAUGGUGUGGCAGUCCUCCUUAUGCUGCACCAGAACUCUUUGAGGGCAAGGAGUACGACGGACCUAAAGUAGAUAUAUGGAGCUUAGGUGUGGUGUUAUAUGUGUUGGUGUGCGGCGCCCUGCCUUUUGAUGGCAGCACUCUACAAAAUUUGCGGGCACGUGUCCUCAGUGGCAAGUUCCGCAUCCCCUUCUUCAUGUCCACAGACUGUGAGUACUUGAUCAGACACAUGUUAGUGCUGGAGCCCAGCAGACGGUUGACCAUGGAGCAGAUCUGUAAGAACAAGUGGAUGAGACUAGGAGACCCAGACCCAGACUUCGACAGGUUGAUAGCGGAGUGCGAACAAGUGAAGACUGAGAGAGAGACGGAGGUCAUCAUUGAGCAGGUUCUGAUAGCCAUGUCUGAGAUGGGCCUGGAGCGAGAGCGCACACUUAAGUCUCUACAAACAGAUGCAUACGAUCACUACAGUGCCAUCUACAGUCUGCUGGCUGACCGCCUCAAGAAACACAAGACCCUGCCUGUUGCCCCACCCACACCACGCUCCAUUAGCUAUCCUCUUAAUGCUGUACAGACGGAUCCGCAGGGUAAUCCCGUUAGCAUGACUGUUCCCCAUGUCCAGCUCAUCAACCCAGAGAACCAGAUUGUUGAGCCGGAUGGCAGCAUGGCACUGGACAGUGAUGAAGGGGAGGAACCAUCUCCCGAGGCCAUGGCUCGCUAUCUUUCGAUGAGGCGACACACUGUGGGCGUACCAGACCAAAGGACAGAGAUGCAGGAGGACCUCCAGAAACUGCCACCAGGUUUCCCUCGUGGUGCAGUGCCCCAACCCCCAUUUCCCCCACUGGCCCCCACAAUGGGCCAAAUGCACACACUCAUGCCCACGCAGAGCUUGCAGCCCACACAGCAGCUGGAGUACAAGGAGCAGUCCUUGCUGCAGCCACCCACCCUACAGUUGCUCAACGGCAUGGGCCCUCUUGGUCGAAGAGCUUCCGAUGGCGGUGCCAACAUUCAACUACACGCUCAGCUCCUCAAGAGGCCCCGGGGGCCCUCACCACUUGUCGCCAGCCCGCACCCUAUCCCUGCGGUAGCUCCCGUGGAUGAAGAAGGUUCAGACGGAGAGCCAGACCAAGAGGCAGUACAGAGGUACCUGGCGAACCGCUCCAAGCGGCACACGACGCACGCGCUCACGAGCACAUCGCAUGGCGAGCCCUCGGCAGAGUCACAGCGGCCCCAGGGCCCCCGCCAGAGGGGGGGCUGGGCCCCCGACAUACACACCCGAUCCAGCUAUAAGGACUGUAACACCCUUCAUCUCCCCAUGGAGCGCUUCUCACCUGUCAGACGGUUCUCUGACGGCGCUGCCACCAUCCAGGCCUUCAAGGCUCAUCUAGAGAACAGCAGCCUCAUUAAGCAACUCAAACAGGAGUGUGAGCAGCUCCAGAAAAUGUAUGCUGCCCAGCAAGACGAGCGAUUCCUGGAGCACACCCAGCAACAGCAUAUCCUCUACCAGCAAGAGCAACAAAUCCUCCACCAGCAAAUCCAGGGUCUGUCUUUGGGCCAUGGAGAGAGCCAGCCCAGUCACCUAACCCACCAGCUCCAGAGGUUGCGUAUCCAGCCCUCCAGCCCUCCGCCAACACAUCCCAGCAACCACCUCUUCAGACAGCCCAACCAGAGCCCUCCGCCUGGCUCUGCAGGCAUAAUGCAAGGGCAUGGAGGUCCGUCAUCAGUUCAGUACCAGCACGGUACUCCAGCGCUGUAUCAGGGCCAGAGUGGCAGUCCACCUCCCACAGGCCUGGCACGAGUCUCUCUACCAACCAAUCAGCAAGCAGCAUCUGCACGCCCCACCGUCCCACUGGCACAGGGUGUACCUCAACAACAGCAGGUGACCAUUCAGGUUCAGGAAGUGGAGCUGGGAGGUGGGGCGCAGCGUCAGGGAAGCUUUUUGUCCACGCCAGGUGGACACAGAGUCCUCGGGAAGCAGCUGAGCGCAGACAACGCCGAGUCGCACAGUCGCAGCCUUGGUCGCUUCACAUCGGGCUAUGACCAGGCUCAGUUCAAUCCCCACCUUUUCUCUGGCGACGCCACCUCCCGGGGCGUCUCUGGAGUGGUCGGCUCCUACAGUCCCUACCUGCAGGGUGCCUCCCUCAAAGUCCCUGGCCUGGAGGGUUACCAGAGCGGGGUGGUGGGGACCAGCAGCUACGGCACCCCCUCUACACUACAGCAAGCCUUGCUCUCCCCAACCCCUUUGGACUACCGCCCCCCACAACAGCACGUUACUCCCACACUGCAGGGCCUCCUGUCCCCCCGCCACUCUUUAACAGGCCACGCCGACCCCAGGCUUCCCCCCCAAGAUCUGGCUGCCUUGCUAAAGAGGCAGAGCCCUCGGCCGUGCCAAGCACCCCCCACACCACCCAGCGGUGCACCCCAAGAGUAUGAAGAGAUGCUGCUUCUCCGCCAGCUGAGCCAGGGUGAGAGCUUGGAGCCACAGGCACCACAGGGUGCCUCUGGGGGCCAACACUACCAUCACCUCCUCCAGAUUCGACCCCCGGAUGUCCAGCCGCAACAGCACCCAGCCCAGACACCUUGCCCAGGCUUACCUCACUCAGAGAGCAUGGAGGAGGAUGAGGUGCCAGCUGGGUACCAUCACCCACAUGAGGGCCUGCUGGCCAAGGCAGUUGAAGGUCAUGAGCUCCUGGGGCCUCCCCGAGGAGGCACCCCACCCUACAGCUCCCCGACACACAGGCAUGGUGGCUACAUAAGAAGUGCUCCAGCAAAUAGAGAAUCUGAGCAUGUGGAGUGCAGGCCCCAGGGGCAGGCAAUGGAGGUGCCUGAUCAUAAUGGUGUGGGCUAUUCGCGAGGUCCCCAGGGUGACGCCUAUAGGUCCCGUGGACAGCUACAGCGCCACCACACCAUCCAGACCUGUGACGAUGCCUAUGAUCAGGCAGACCCCAUGUCUGGGAUGAGCCUGUUGGCUGGGAAGGCACUAAGCUCCGCUCGCAUGUCAGAUAUUCUCAGCCAGACGUCACUGACAGGAAGCCAGCAGCUGCACCAGCGGGAAGAGUCGGUGUGUGAUGUGGAAGGGGAGCUCCAUGCGGCAGCCUGCUACCCCUCCUCCUGCACCAGUGACAUGCUCCUCAGCUACAAGCCCCCUGACCUGCAGUACAGCAUGGAGCAGGCCGGGGUCUAGCACAGGAUGGGGUGUAUCCUGUGUACAGCGGUCCAUAUCAGCCAUCCUAAGUUGCGUUGACUUGAGUUGAGCAGCAUCACGCCAAACCACCGUCGUCUGCCCAAGCGGGGGGGCGCUCUACGUCCAUCUGUCUGUCUCCAUCUGUCCCUGGGAGGGCAGUCUGCGCAAGAGAGGGGGAGUGUGGGUGGGUGUAGACAUUAGAGGGGUUGGGGUCCACAGGUGGGGGGGGGGGGUCCUCGGGGUUCAAAAGUCAAAGUGCCAGCAUUUUCUGCACAGACAUCCAGCAUUCAUCGCCGCAGGUUGUCUCCUCUUCUCACCUCGCAUCAUGGGUAGAUUGGGGUUCCACUCCUCCCUCUUUCGACUCAACCCCCUCACCUCCUCCUCCCCCACGCCCACCUGCUGUCCUGACCUAAUCCUCCCCUUUUCACCCUUCGUCUUCUAUUAACUGUUGGCAUACUUCAUUACGUGCCUCAUUGGCCAACACAUCGAUACAGUCAUAUUUGCAAGAACAUAGUCCGAUAACACAAAGAAACAUACACACUGCUGCCACAAACCCAAAGUAUUCACAUUAGGAGUGUGUGUGUGUGUGUGUGUGUGUGUACGUGUGUGUGUACGUGUGUGCGCGUGCGCGCCUGUGUACGCAUGACUGAGAAGAACAGGCGAUUGGAGAGGAAAGGUGUCUUGGGUUCAGACUGCUCCUCCUUCUCUCCCCCCUCCUGCUGUACCACAGCAGAUCAUUCCGGAGCAGGCUGAAGUCUCAGCAGUGACGGCCCCCUUUUCGGCCGGGUGGCGGGUGUUUUUGGUCAGGCUCCAACCGGGCAACAAAACCGCUCUCUCCAAAGAUGGAGCUCAGUGACAUCACACAGGACAAACCAGCUCUCUCAUUGUUUUUGUUGUUUUGUUUUUGUUUGUUUUUUGUUCUGGCAUUCAUUUUAUUUUUUAUUUUUAUUUUAAAAACUCAUUUUUACGGCUAAUGUCCAUGUAGGCAUUAUGGUCAAUAUUGUUACUCUUAUUGUUAUAACUGUUUUCUGUAAAAGAGGUUUAUUAUAAUGAAUAUUAUUAUUAUUAUUAUUAUUAUUAUUAAAGGAAAAAACAGUUCUGUGUUGCAAGGAAGACAACAUUGUUCUUUGAUUACUUAAGUAAUUCUGCACUUUCGGUUCAAGCUAUCCUCUCUGUUUCCACCCCCAUUGCAGUUCCUCUCUCUCUCUCUCUCUCUCUCUCUCUCUCUCUCUCUCUCUCUCUCUCUCUGUCAUACUGUUACUCUGCUUUUCAAACCUUCUUCCCAUCUCCUGCAGCCCUAACUUUCUCACGCUGUGUUACCCCUUUUCUCCAUCCUCCUUUCCCUUGUCAGUGACAGUGUAUUGCAUUGUGGGUAGUUUUACCAGACAUUUGCUCCUUUCCUUGUACAGUGAUGCCAUGUAUAGAACGCUAUUGCAAUUUCUGUAUCAAAUCUUUUCUUUUUGUUACUUUUUUUGGUUGUUUUUAGGCUUUUUUUAUAUUGGUAUUGUUUAUCAUUUGUAUUUUUUGGAUGUCUUCAAAAUGUUUUCUUUUUUGUUUUGUUUUUGUUUUAUGAAUCUUGAGAUUUCUAGCCAAAAGAGGACAGAGAGAAGAGAGACAGUACUCUUUCUCUGUCGUAAAAAAGAUUGUUCUUAUUUGUUUUAAUAUUAUAUCGAGACACUUGAAUAAGAGGAGAGUAAUUAUUUUGUGUUUCUUUUUAAAGUAUCAUUUCAAUCGAUGUUGUGACUGUCAUUCUUGUUGAUGUUGGGCCUGUUUUCUGUUAAUGGGGUAGUUGUGGCAGGCUAUACAGGGUCAGGCUUUGGGCUUUGUCUGGGUUGGUUCGGGUGCUACAGAGACUUAACACUUAAAAAAAAAAAAAAAAAAAAAAAAAACAAAGACAAAAAACGAAGGAAUAACUUGUAAAAUAGCUGACAUAUCAUCCUAAGCAUCACAAGUGUGGAGACGGACAAACCCACUUCUCUUUCUCUCUCUUGCUGCCCUGCCUAUCUGCUGUGAUCCUUCCACCUUCUUUUACUACAUCGGCUUCUGAUCGGAUGACGCCUUACAGACAUGGCCCCUCCUCCCAAACUAAUCUUGUCACUCUGGCAACCAAGGAGGAAACUACAACUACUAUUACUCAACCCCCCCCCUCCUCUCCCCGCUUUUGGUUUUCUUGGACUUACGUCGUUUUUCGGCCUCGCUUUGUUCUCCUGCCCCAAGCCUGGAAGGGAAGAUGGGAGGCAGGGUUUCAUUAACGGUUGAUGGAUCUCGUUGCAGUUGGAUACACCUGGACGCACCUCCAAAACCAUAAAAGGGAAACAUUUCAACAGGUGACUUCAGGAAUAAACUGUUUGAAUUGGACUUCCACAGCAGAGGAAUACAAAGUCGUGGUCAGAGCAGGGCUGGGUGUGCCCACCUUAAACGGGUCCGCCAAGGUCUGUGCCCUAAGCCGAGUCGGGCUCAAGCACAGUCGGAUGGAGAAUACAGCACACUGGGGACCACAGCAGAAGAUUGAACUCCUGUCUCUUUCUCCCUUUUUUUAAAAUUUAAUUUUAUUGUUUGCUCUCUACUUAUCCUCCCAUAUACAAUACCCUGGGAUACUGAGUCUGUAUUGGGCUAGCAAGAGACUGUGGCGCAAAGAAUACAGCUCCACUCGUAUGUGUUUAUACUGGCCGGAUUCCACAAUAACCUGGCUGCAGCGGUUGACUUUUCAUAUGCUAUUUACAUCUGAGAGCUGCAGAUGUUGUCUUGCAGCGCCUGUGCUUUCCAUUCGCACCCAUGUCACUUCCUGUUUACCAACAUCCACUCUUCAUCAGAGCGGGUGGGGCUAGCGUUAGCGAUAAAUCUAAAUCUCUUCAAACAAAGAGUGCAAUACAGAGAGUGGGACGGAUUUCUGAAAUGAACUCGAUGUGAGAGGUUUUCUGUUUUCUUCCCAAACUGAGUUAAUGUCUCUUUGGGCAGAAGAAGCUCGUUUCCAUUCCAUUCAGAUCUCAUUCAUUCCUCUUUCAGAUCUGCCCUACUGUUUUCUCUCAUUGUUUACACCAAGCCAAAACUGAGAUCUGGAUGAGAAAGAAAUGGAGUACUUGUGAGUACUUGUUGGGAAUUGGAGAGGAAACGACUGGAAUGGAAUACAUUGCAUGUCUCUUGUCCCACGGCAGGCUAGAAACUCUAAAGUUACAAACCAGAGGUUCCACUUUGUCUAAUAUGGUGACCGGUGGCGGAGCUGUUGUUUCGGGGAAGAGCGGAGGCACACAGGAAGGGACAGCUGGAGUGGAUGGAAAGCACUGCAGAUGAUUCAGAGGUAAUGGGGAGCAGAGCGCUGUUUCACAUACACCUUCUGCCUGAUCAGACUGACCCUUCUCCUCCCUCCUUUCUUUUUUUCUGUCUUAACUCUUCCAUCCCUCCUCCUCUCUUUUCUCCUCCCUGCUCAGCAAGCCAGCUCUCUGCUCUAUUCCUGUUUCUUAGGUCAUUUUGUUUUCUAUUGGUUCAUUUUGUCUUUAUUUGUUUUUAUGUUCAUUUCUGUUGAGUACAAAAAUACUAAAGUGCAACAACAAUGAUUAAAAAGAAUAUCAACCAAACUGAGAUGAAUAAAUAAAUAUAUAUAAAUAAAGAAAUAAUUUAAAAAGGU